GGGGUGUUAAAAGUAUGACACAAGUAUGACAUGUGUGUAAUGUGUUACAAUGCAAACGAAAAAAAUUUUUUUUAAGAAAUAGUUUAUAUUUGCAUUCAAAUACUAAAACGGAAUGUUGAGAAGAACUCUACCACAAUAAUAAAGUUAUAAACAGAAAAAUGAUUUGUAUAUAAUUUGUGGAGGUUUUGUGUUAAGAAGUAGUGAACGCCCAGUUUGUUUAUUUUUAGAAACUCGGUUAAGUUAUAAAGAAAUUGCCAAAAAUGGAAGAUAUAUUUCAGUGGUGCAGAGAAGGAAAUGCAAUGCAAGUAAGAGUAUGGUUAGAUGAUACUGAACAUGAUUUAAAUCAGGGGUAAGUCACGAAUUUUAUUACAACUAGUGUAGGUUAAGUUGUCAAUGUCGUUUCCUAAUUUGGAUAUUUUUAGAAAUUAUCAACUCCUACAUAAUUCGUGAAUGAAAAAAAUAGGUCAUAAAUAAAUAACAGCAUUCCUCGCUUGCAAAUUAAUU